UCGCCCUCUGGUGGCCAGACCAGACAACAUUUCUUAGAACAAUGAAAAACCUUGCUGAGGAUUAUCAGAAACGAAAGUGAAAUACAUUCAUUUCAUUUAAAGCAGUCAUUUCAGGAUUUGCCGUUACCGAUUCACUUUCUCUUUCUGGUUCUUCCUGUUUGUUCUCUGUUGUAAGGUGUCAGUUCAGCCGAGCCUCUUCACUUCAAAUCGGUCAGUUCAUAUAGGAACCUGUUAACUGCAAAGUGCAACAUGUCAGAACCCGGAGUGAUCGAUGAGGGAUUCUACUCCAGACAGCUGUAUGUCCUGGGGCGUGAGGCGAUGCAGCGGAUGGGCACAGCCAACGUCCUCAUAGCGGGAAUGCGUGGUCUUGGAGUAGAAAUAGCCAAGAAUGUGAUCCUGUCCGGGGUCAAGUCUGUCACGGUCCAGGACGAAGGUCACACACAGUGGAUCAACCUGUCCUCACAGUUUUUCCUGAAGGAGUCCCACCUCGGUCAGAACAGAGCCACAUGUUCCCUACAACAGCUGUCAGCCUUGAACCCACAUGUGCAAGUGUCAGCACACACUGGACCGCUGGAUGAGAACCUGCUUCGGCAAUUUCAGGUGGUGGUCCUCACUGACUCCUCACUGGAUGAUCAGAGGCGUUUCGGUGAAUUCUGCCAUAAAGAUGGAAUAAAGUUCAUUGUGGCAGACAGCAGAGGACUCUGUGGUCAGUUGUUCUGUGACUUUGGAGAGGAGUUUGUAGUCUUGGAUCAGAAUGGAGAGGUUCCUGUAUCGGCAAUGGUACAAUCCGUCACUAAGGAUAAUCCUGGAGUGGUGGUCUGCACAGAUGACCAGAAGCAUGGAUUUUCAGAUGGCACUCAUGUUUGUUUCUCUGAAGUCCAAGGCAUGACGGAGCUCAACAGCAUCGGCCCUGUGAAGAUCACAGUCUGCAGCCCUUACUCCUUCAGCAUUUGUGACACCUCAGCCUUUUCCGAGUAUGAACGUAGUGGAGUGGUGACUGAGGUUAAACAGCCUCGCAAGCUAAAUUUUAAACCACUAAGUGAGGCUCUGUUGGAUCACAAACUCCUGCGUAUGAAUGACUUUGGAAAAAUAGCGCGGCAUGAGACCCUGCACUUGGCUUUCCAAGCUCUCCAUAGCUUUGUGAAGAAAGAACGGCGACUCCCUGGUAUUCGGUCUCAGUCAGAUGCAGAUGCCCUGGUUGCCAUAGUGAGAGAGCUGAAUACAGUCGCAGAGCUGGAACAACUGGAUGAAGUUGCUGUGAGAAACCUGUCCUACACAGCCCAGGGUGACUUGGCUCCUAUCAAUGCUUUCAUUGGAGGCCUUGCUGCCCAGGAAGUAAUUAAGGCAUGUAGUGGGAAAUUUACGCCUCUUCAGCAGUGGCUAUAUUUUGAUGCACUGGAGUGCCUCCCUCAAGCGGAGAGUCAACCGACAGAGAGCUCUUUUUCAGCAAAAGGCACAAGGUAUGAUGGACAGAUUGCUGUGUUUGGGUCCGCCUUCCAGGAGGAGCUCGAGAGGCAGAAGUAUUUCCUGGUUGGAGCUGGUGCUAUUGGCUGCGAGCUUCUGAAGAACUUUGCCCUCAUUGGCCUCGGUGCAGGAGACGAAGGGCAAAUCACUGUAACAGACAUGGACUUCAUAGAAAAAUCCAACUUGAACCGCCAGUUCCUGUUCAGGUCUCAGGAUAUUGGGAAACCAAAAUCGGACAUUGCAGCCAAAGCAGUGAGAGAGAUGAACCCACAGAUGAAAAUCAGCGCUCACCAGAAUCGUCUGGACCCUGACAGUGAAGGAGUGUAUGGGUCUGACUUCUUCAAUGGCCUCGAUGGAGUGGCUGCAGCCCUUGAUAACGUGGAAGCCAGGGUCUAUCUCGAUGGACGCUGCAUUCAACACCAGAAGCCGCUGCUGGAGGGAGGAACUCUAGGAAGCCAAGGUCAUACUCUGGUGGUGGUGCCUCACCUCACAGAGUCUUAUGGACCUGCCAAAUCCAGUUCUGUUAAUGCCAUCCCACUCUGCACUCUCAAGAACUUCCCUCACCGCAUCGAGCACACUCUACAGUGGGCCAGAGACCAGUUUGAAGGACUGUUUAAACAAACACCUGAAAACUUGAAUCUCUUCCUGAGGGAUGAAGGGUUCGUAGAGAAGACUCUCGGCCAUGGAGACGCUGAGGCCUUGGAGGUUCUUGGGGGGGUGUGGGGCAGCCUGGAGGUCAUGAUGGCUGGAGGAAAACGUCCAACCAACUGGGAAGACUGUGUGAGCUGGGCACGUUGCAGAUGGGAGACUCUUUAUAACAACGAUAUCCGCCAGCUUCUGCACUGUUUUCCUCCCCAACAGGUGACCCCCACUGGGCUACCCUUUUGGUCUGGAUCGAAGAGAUGCCCUCACCCGCUGACCUUUGACCCUAACAAUACUACCCAUAUGGGGUAUGUGGUGGCAGCAGCUAAUCUGUAUGGGCAAAUCUACGGGAUCAAAGGGACAAGGGACGGUGCUUCCAUCAGAACAAUCUUAGAGACAGUCGCUGUACCAACUUUCACUCCCAGCUCCUCUGUGAAGAUUCAUGUGACUGACAAGGAGAUGAAGGAGGACAAAGAAAAGGGAAGCGAUGACGCAGAAAAAGCUCAACUUGAGGAGUUGAAAGGAAAAUUGGCCUCAACAUCUCUGAAAAGCCCAGCCAUGCGGAUGUACCCCAUCGAUUUUGAGAAGGAUGACGACAGUAACUUCCACAUGGACUACAUUGUUGCUGCUUCUAAUCUGAGGGCAGAGAACUACGACAUCCCUGCAGCCGAUUACCUCCAGAGUAAGCGCAUUGCUGGAAGGAUCAUCCCUGCCAUAGCUACCACAACAGCUGCAGUGGCAGGCCUGAUGUGCGUGGAGUUGUAUAAACUGGUGCUGGGUCACGAGAACAUCAGCUCUUACCGCACAGCUUUCAUCAACCUGGCUGUCGCGCACUUUGUUCUAUCCCAGCCGUCCCGGCCCCCCAGCUUCGAGGUCGCAGGAAAGAAAUACACCAUGUGGGAUCACUUCCACGUUGAGGGCAGACGCAGCGAUCAGCAGGAAAUGACCUUGGGCGAUCUGCUCCAGUAUAUCAAGGAAAAAUAUAACUUGACCGUCUGCUUCCUCUUCUACGGACCAGCUAUCAUAUACAGUGGGCAAGAGGACCGGCUUCAGCUGAGUGUGUCUGACGUGGUGAGAAAGGUCACCAGAGCAGACAUCCCUCCACACAAGAAGAUGCUGGAGUUGAUCCCCUCGUUUGCUGAAGAUGAGGACUGUGAGUCAGUCCCACCCAUCAGGUACCUGCUCUUCUGAUGCCAUCGACAGGAAGUUUCCACAAAGUUCCAGGGAAAAGCGCUCGCAUGGAACUGCUUCAAUAUGACAAAGCAAACUUAACACUCCUGUGGCUCUUCUGUCAUUCAAAACAAAGCUGAGUUUGUUGCCAUAGCUGAUAGAUUGACAUCUGAAUAUAUCUUGUUUUUUUUUCCAGUAUGUCUUUCUCUUUGGUUUACCUUACAUUUACAUGGGCUUUGAAUAAUUGAACUGUCAUACUGGGAUCAUUUUUAUUGCUAAACUUUGAUUAUGUGAAAUGUUUUAUAAUCUUACAAUCACACUGUCUUAUCAGUUGUCCUGUCCCAAAAUAAAUACCACAAAAUGCUCCAA